GUUUUUUUUUGCAAAUUUGUCAAGAAGCUCUUCGUUCGAAGUGAGGGUGUUAAGUUUUUAUCGUUUUCUUUAGUGAGAUUUUCUUUUCUUUUGGUUUGUUAUGUAGACAAUGCAGAUGCAAGAUGAUGUCUGAUCAGUUUAGAAAAGUAGAACCAUAUUCUCCGAAGUCCUCGCCGCGAGGAGCGAGGUCACCAGUGGUUUCUCGUCAGGAUUCCUCUGGAACUCUCAAAACUACCAUCUCACUCGGCAAGAACCCGUCUAUAGUGCAUAGUGGACCAUUCUAUUUGAUGAAAGAACCUCCAGGAGAAUGUGAACUCACAGGAGCAACUAAUUUAAUGGCUUAUUAUGGACUUGAGCACUCGUAUAGUAAAUUUAAUGGCAAAAAACUUAAAGAAUCACUAUCUUCCUUCCUGCCAAAUCUCCCUGGAAUCCUUGAUGGGCCUGGACAAGAGGAUAAUAGUACUUUAGGGUCGGUGAUAGCUAAAAGGCCUAUAGGUGGUAAAGAAUUACUACCACUAACAAGUGCUCAACUAGCUGGGUUCCGGCUCCAUCCAGGGCCAUUACCUGAACAGUACCGGUAUGUAAGUGCCACCCCACCAAAGCGACACAAGACCAAACACAAGAAACAUAAGCAUAAGGAUGGGGUGCCCCCAGGACAAGAGACACCACUUCAAGACUCCUCCAACCCAGACACAUAUGAGAAGAAACACAAAAAACAGAAACGGCACGAUGAUGACAAGGAACGUAAGAAACGGAAAAAGGAGAAGAAGAGAAAAAAGCAGAAACAUAGUCCUGAGCACGGCGGUCUCACUCCGAGCCAGCACCCAAUACCUUAAGCUAUUGUACUUUAGUGUGUAAGUUGAAGCUAUUGAGCCCAAAGAGACGCCAUAUAGUCUUAGCAGUUACACUCAAGUAUGGGCUGCAACCAAAAAGGAUUUAUCUCAAUGUUGACUAAGGUGUUUCUGGUGACAAGGCUGCAAUUACUGUAUAUAAUGUAUUGUAUGUAGAUUUUUUUAUUAUUCACAUUCAGCGUAACAUUUACCACAUGAGUCUCAUCUAUCAUAGUCUUUACUCCUUUUUCAAAUUUUCAGGCAGCCAUCACUCUGUGUAGUAUUAGUUAUAGAAUUAACUACAAAUAAAGGUGUCAUUGGGAACAGAUGGAAGAUUGUUUAUCAACAAGAAAGAUAAGAACUGAACUGUUAAUGUAUAUGUCAAAUAAAAUAGAAAGCUACAAACGAUAAUUGUUUUACAAUUAAUUGAACAAAUGAUAAUUGUUUUGCAAUUAACCAUAGUUUAUAUUUCAGUAUUCUGUAGUUUUCAAAAACAAUAUUUGAUUACGAAUUAUCUUAAUUAUUAUUUUCUUUAUGGCUUGAGUUAGCUGGUCUAAAUCUUGUUAUAGAUAGAGUUCGCCAAACCUAUGGCUGCUUGGCUUCCUUUGGAGCAUCUCCGCCGCUCGCUGAAGCCGAUAUACGAUAUUCUGAACCGCCAUUAUCAUUGGAACGAACUCUAGCAAAUUAAUGUUUGGAAGGAUAAAUUGUAUGAAAGGAGUGUACUGUGUUCAUAGGAAUAACAUUAGUGAUGUAUGUUAGCUUAAGAUAACUCCCGUCAUCUCUUUGGGCUUGACUCUUAUGGAAUUAAGUUAUAAUUAAUAAACAUAAUACAGUAAUGAAGAUUUUCUUAUUUUACCAUUUUCUUAGAAUUGUUUCCAUAUUUUCAGAAAAGCCAUUGUAAAUAUUCAUAUCAUACAUCAUUUUGUUUUAUUUUAUGUUUAAGAAGUACCUACCACUCUCAUAGACGUAAUAAAUUUGAUAGAAUGUUA